CUGACAGGGAAUCUACACCCAUUUUUGAUGAUUUCUCCUACCCUCUGAGUCGCACGAUGGCAACACUGCACGCGACCAUGAAUAUCAGCCCAUCGACAGCAUUCUAUAUGAUUCGAUAGCACAUAUGUCACCGGGAUACUCUCGGAACUUUCGUGCACUCGAAAUUUCAAGUACGCAAAUAUGAGUGCCUCAGUUGGUUAGGUCUAUGGAUCACGGCUCAAGAGCCGCCAGUUCGUCAGUUGGUGCCAGUUGGUGUAAGUUGGUUGUUAUCUAGUGGAAGGUGCAGCUGGCCGGUGGCCAGUGAGUCGAGUGAGACAGUCCUUCGCACCCGUUCGUACCUUGGACAGUUGGCGAUGAUCGCUAGCGUCUCGCUCGAGCGAUGAAUGGUGUCCGUCGUUGACAGCUUCCUUCAAAAAGGGCCUCUUUCGAGCAUCACCUCGGUUAAACCAUGGCGAAGGACGAGGGGGACGAUCUCUUGCCGGACAAGGACGCCGCCAAAGGUUUCUACGCCAAGUACGAGCCCAAGGAGAUCCUCGGAAGAGGAAUUUCAUCGACAGUACGAAGAUGUAUAGAAAAAGAAACGGGAAUAGAAUAUGCAGCGAAAAUUAUCGAUAUAAGUAAUGAACCACACGAUGGCACAGAUGCUCACAGUAUGAAGGAUGCGACAAUGCAAGAAGUACAUAUACUCCGAAAGGUGGCAGGCCACCCUUAUAUCAUUGAAUUACAUGAUGUCUUCGAAUCCAGUACUUUCAUCUUCUUAAUCUUCGAAUUGUGCAAAAACGGCGAACUUUUUGAUUACCUGACAUCAGUUGUGACACUUUCUGAAAAGAAGACCCGUUACAUUAUGAGACAGGUUUUCGAAGGGGUUCUACAUAUACAUAAUCAAGAUAUAGUGCACCGAGAUUUAAAACCAGAGAAUAUACUACUUGAUGACAAUCUUAAUGUGAAGAUUACAGAUUUCGGAUUUGCAAGAAUAUUGAAUUCUGGGGAAAAACUAUAUGAUCUAUGCGGUACACCAGGUUACUUAGCUCCAGAAGUUCUCAAGUGUAAUAUGUUUGAGAAUGCCGAAGGCUAUGGAUAUGAAGUCGAUGUAUGGGCAUGCGGGGUAAUUAUGUUUACUCUCUUAGUCGGUUGUCCUCCUUUUUGGCACCGAAAACAGAUGAUCAUGCUAAGAAACAUAAUGGAAGGAAAAUAUUCAUUCACGUCACCAGAAUGGACUGAUAUAACUGAUGCACCAAAAGAUUUAAUUAGAAAAUUACUUGUGAUCGAUCCUAAGAAGCGAAUUACCAUCAAGGAUGCAUUGGAACAUUCGUUCUUCCACACUAUGCUAUGGGAUCAAGACAUUGCGCCAUUAAAGCGUUCAUUGUCAUCUAAUUCACGUCGGCUCAGUAGGAUAUCUCAAUUAGCCCUGGAACUGAAAGCCAGGUCCUUCAACGCAAGGAAGCGGUUCCAACUAGCAAUAAUUUGUGUCCGAGCAGUCAUCCGAAUUAAAAGACUGCAUACAACACCAGAGCCACUUUCUGCCCACGUCGCUCGUACCGAUCCAUACCGGAUAAAACUCCUACGAAAGGUUAUCGAUGGUUGUGCGUUCAGAGUGUACGGGCAUUGGGUGAAGAAGGGCGAAGGACAGAAUCGUGCCGCGCUCUUUGAGAAUACGCCAAAGACGGAAUUGAAACAUUUGUACGUGAGCAAUCUGAGCAGAUAGCCGUUGCUCAACGAGAAGCAUAUCUAGUUCAAUUAUCGUAUAUUCUUUGAGACCCCAGUGAUUUGUCUGCAAUUUGUUUGAUUUAAAUCGGAGGGACAACAGACGCUUCAUUAUAUUGACAUUCAAGGCCGUAGAAUGCUCUUUAGCUUAUUUUCUGUAAUUAUUUGUCGUUCAUUUUUAGAAACAAUGUCCGUUUUCUUCAAUUAGUGCCGGAAACAGACCACUUUGUUGGGAUUUUUGUUAGGCCAAAAUUUAAGGUUAAUCGCACAGUUGGGAAACAUUUUGCGUAGAAGUCUGUAAACCUUGUAGAGAUUGUUUAUCACUUGCUUCCUUUGUAAGUUACGGGGGAAGAUGGAACAUGUCAGGGUCACAACUUGUCAUUGUCAAGAAACGACAAUCUUAGGUAUUAAUAGAGAACCUGUGUUUAUAACGUCGCUGUUGAAAAUAAUUUCUAACCUAGGCAAACGUGGAAGCGGUGCAUAGACUACGAACAUUUUUCUUGAUACACUGUACACGGAGAAAUAAUUGUUACGAAGCAGAUAAUAACGUUUACUGUAUAUUGGUGGACAUGAAUGCCUUCCUUUCGUAUAUUGUCGGCAUCGAAUGCGCUAUAAUUUAUCAAUAUUUCCUAUCAGAUUGUGUAAAUGAUAUUAUUUUUUCAGAGGUAGCUAAUUAUUUUUCCGUGGUAAUCACAGGAAUGUCCGACGUCUUAUUGGAUAAGAUACUGUUUGCUGUGGUUGCAAAUUAAAUUUUUUUCUGGCGAUUCGAUAAAGGCAGGUAGAAAUGUUUUAAGACCGUGUGAAAUAGAAUUUCUUCUGUUUCCUUCGGUCUAUUAGACAUUUCGACGGAAAACAUUUUCAUCAAGCAUUAUGGUACGAAAAAGAAAGAAAAGAACAUACGUGUUCGAAGAAAUUUUAUGUUGUAAAACCGAUCAAUUUAAUCUUUCCCUCAGAGGGGAAAUUACUUUUGCAAUAAAUAUUCAAAAUCAACGUACAACCGAUUUUAAACUGACUCGGUCGAACCUGAAAUAUUUGAAAUAUUAGAAAUAUCUGCAUUGUUUGUGACAAGUAUUCCGCGUAAAUGUGUGUACAUAAGAGCGGACACGGUGCUUGUAUAAUCUUUAAAUAUACAAGGUUCUAUUUUCAUUCAAUGUCGUUCUAAGUCUGACCGAUGAUUCUAUAAAGUCUUAAAAAUAAUAAUUACUUGUGGUUUCCAAGAAGGGUGCAGUGGAGGGUCCUGAAUCCUUUCAAAAGCCUUUCAAUGUCUCCUUGUAUGUAUUUAUGAUACGCCACAUAAUUGAUUAUGCUUUAAAGGAACAAGAAAACUAGUACUAAAGACCAGAGACUGGUUUACGCGUGACGUUUAAAUUCAGUGUAGGUACUAGAUUGCGUUUUCAAAGUUUUCAGACACCGUCUGUGAAGUUUAAUCGAAAUGUUCAAACAACGAUUAUAGAUGUUUCUAUCGACAAACCCAUGGAUCUGUUUGUCACGUAGUAUUGUAUAAAUUCUAGUCAAUUCGCAAAGCGGAGAACAUUAACAUUUUAUUCUGUUAUGCUAUUCUGAUACUUACUGCCAAUGCAAAUUAGGUAAUUAGUUCCAAAUUCGUAUAAGCGUGUUUUUAAGAGAAUACCGCGUGAGCCACGUUAUCAUUUAUCGAUAAAUUAUAUAAUGGUCCGGUACACGAAUAAAUUUGUUUACUCCCCUGAGGAAUGUCUUUCUUUAAGUUUCUUUUUAUCACUCGGAGACCAAAAGGGAACUGAACUACAAUAAAGUCAGGAAGAGUGUACGCACGAAGUAAAAAUAUGUUGCAUAAAUAAUGAAUAUGCGUGUGAAUACAAAGGGUGUAUAUUUAUUUGUAACGUGUGUAUUUAUUAUUUUUGGGGCAGACAUUCUUUCAUUUUGAACAAAUUUCGAGCCACUAACUUUCGAGGUUGAAAUUGAGGCGAUGAGUUAUUUAUCGACAGACAUUGUAUAAAGAUAUUUUAAGUCGUAGUUUAUGAUAUUGAAGAUGUCAAAUGUUUAGCUGUGUUUAUAGUUUAUAGUUUAUAUAUUUUUAGAUGCUGGUACUUUUACCCGGAGUGUGCAUUGUAAAAUAGAAGUGUCGACGAAAGACAACCGGUAACAAUAUACAUUCGUGUUUGCAAAAUCAA